AUGAAGUCUUCCAAAGAGACAGGCUACCAAGCGCCAGAAGGUCCCAUCCUUUGCAUCAACAACUGUGGAUUCUUUGGUCAGAGUUCAGAUGUGAAGCCAAAAGAGGGCCCAACUAGGUGCACUACUUGUCGCAAGCAUGUAGGUUUAACAAGAUUCAAUUGCAAGUGUGGGAAUCUUUUAUGUGCGGCUCAUCGUUAUUCUGACAAGCACGACUACCCAUAUGAUUGUAAGAAUGCUGGUCGGGAUGCUAUUGCUAAGGCAGUUCCUGCUGUUGUAGUAGAAAAGCCAAAGAAGAUCUAG